GCGCAGGUCUGUCCUGAACUCAUGAGCUCGAGAUACUCUGAUUUAAUAGAGCUGAAUGAGCUUGUUUCUACUGAAGCUAUAGCGACAGAUGAACGAUGCUAAUUAACAGUAAUCAGAUUCUGCAGGUGUUGCUCAUUUCACGCUGCUUUUAUUUGAAUUGUUCUGGUAAUGAUUGUUCUGGACAUUAAUAUUCAAUUAUGUGGGUGAAUGAAAAACACGUCCAUAUAAUUGAAUGAUAGAAUCGAAUGAAUGCUGUCUGGGUUGGAUUACACUUUCAUUCUCACCCUUAUCAGCUCCUGCAGACGUUUGAUAAAGGUCCUUCACAGGCUUCUUGGAAUAAAUUAAGGCUUCUGUUUCCUGUUCUGUGAAUUUUCAGGGCGUUUUAAACCCGCCCAGAUCCAGUCGCGUAGCCAAUCACACGAAACAAGAAACGAGAUCAGGAAGCGCUCUUAAUUGUCUGGUAAGGUCUUUUUAACCAGAUUAAAGCGAUUACAGGAACUCAAAACACGUAUCUGAUAAAGAGACACACAGACUGUUAUCUUUUCAUUGACUUUAAAAAAACAAGUCAAGAAGUAUGUUUUCCAUCUAUUUUUGUUAAACACAGAUGCAGAUCAUUACCUGGAAGAUAAAUAUUUAUUAGUAAGCUUUUUUGCCGUUUGAUUUAAUGGUAGUUUUCUUUUAUAGUUUUUUACUUAUAAUUAACAUUUCUGACUUUGAAAAGCAAUAUGCAUCACAGAUAAUAAUGCAAAUUAUGUUUAAUUUACAUUAAAUACCUAAUGUUAUUUUACUAUACAACACACCGGCGUUUAUUUAUAAAAUAACUGUCUACCAGAAUAUCUGAAAGAUAAUAGCCUACUGAUUUCGUAUGAUUUUAUUUUGUAAUUAUGCACCAUCUUAGGCCAUUAGUAAUCGGUAGAAUUAAAAAAAGGUAUAACAAUUUGAAAGUAUAUCAUUAAUACAUCAACGAGGAGGUUUUUAUGUUAUGCGAUCAUUAUUGCUAUACUCUUAUGUAAUAUUACUGGAGAUGGUUGAGCUGUUUGUAAUGAUGGUAACUGUAUUAUGAUGAGAUAAAGUGUAGGACAGAAGGUCUGAUGAUGUAACGCAGGCUAACAUGUGCUGAGACUCACUGCCAGCACACAGCUCAUGUAGCUUCAUGUGCUUCACUAACACUGUGUGUGUGUGUGUGUGUGUGUGUGUGUGUGUGUGCCGCUUCACAGCAUAUAGAUUCAUCAGUUAUUAGAUAUUAGUUAAUAACAGAAGGAGGGUGAAUGUGGAUGACUGCAGCGUGAGAGACAGGAUAAACUCAUCCAUGAUGCAAAACUAUAUUAGAUUAUGAUCACUGUAAUGAUACACACAGCGUGUUAAAGUUCUUGGCGCCGCUGCGUCCGCAAGGGAAGGGGAUUCUGAUUGGCUGUCGGGCUGACGUCACGCCCCUCGGCCACGCCCCCCGCGCGCUCGAGGGCAGGUGGAUGCUCGUCUUCUCGUCACUUCUUCUGUCUUCUCCAGGAGUCGGUGUGAGAAAGCAGAGAUGGGCCGGAAGGAGAUCGACUGCAGCUGGAAGAAGAUCACCAGCAACAUCAAGGACAUUUUCGACUUCAAGGAGGUCCUGGGCUCGGGCUCGUUUUCGGAGGUCUACCUGGUGAGGGAGAGAAAGACCGGGAACUUCUACGCCCUGAAGUGUGUGAAGAAGAAGCAGCUGCACCACUCGAACCUCGAGAACGAGAUCAAAGUGCUGAAGAGGAUAAAGCAUGAUAAUGUGGUGGGACUGGAAGAUUUCUACGAAACCAGAACACACUAUUACCUGGUCAUGGAGCUGGUGUCGGGCGGAGAGCUCUUCGACCGUAUUCUGGACCGAGGUGUUUACACGGAGAAAGACGCCAGCCGUGUGAUCAAACAGGUCCUGGAGGCCGUUUCCUACCUGCAUCAGAACUGCAUCGUCCACAGAGACCUGAAGCCUGAGAACCUGCUGUACUACAGUCCAGACGAGAACGCCAAGAUUAUGAUCAGCGACUUUGGUCUGUCCAAGAUGGCUGACCACGGCGUGAUGUCCACAGCCUGCGGAACACCUGGAUAUGUUGCUCCGGAGGUUCUGGCUCAGAAGCCGUACAGUAAGGCCGUGGACUGCUGGUCUAUCGGCGUCAUAACCUACAUCUUGUUGAGCGGCUACCCGCCGUUUUAUGAGGAGAAUGAAACGCGUCUGUUCUCCAAAAUCAUGAAGGCAGAAUAUGCCUUCCACUCGCCGUACUGGGACGACAUCUCUGAGUCAGCGAAGGACUUCAUCAGACACAUGCUGGAGAAAAACCCGAUCAAACGCUUCACCACCGAACAAGCUCUCAGUCAUCCAUGGAUCAGUGGAGACACGGCUCACAAUGAUAACAUCAUUCAUUCGGUCUGUGAGCAGAUACAGAAGAACUUUGCCAAAUCCAAAUGGAAGCGGGUCAUUAACGCCACGGUGGUGGUCAGUCACAUGCGACGGCUCCAGAUGACCCACGCUGACCCUCCGACCCUGGCCCCAGCCCCGCUCAUACAGGUGCUGGACGUCUCUUCAUCUACCGGCCCUCCCCCAGAUGAGCUGGACACCAACGGGAACCCCUCGUGCAGUCACAUGACCCUGUCGCCUCACGCUGAUGUCAGCAGGGGGCGGGGCCCGCUCAAGGCCAGCAACAGCGAGCCGAUGCACGCCCUGGUCAUCUGUGAGACGGGUCAACACGCCUACCGCUCCGAGUCCGACCUGCCCUGCGCCGCCAGCAGAUCGGACAGAGUGACUCAUAGCAUGGAUGGGCGGGGCCAGUCUCUGCAGACCGGGGUUUGUUCUGUGAUGUAACGCUCUGAUUGACAGCUGUCAGUCAAAUGAAAUCCUCGUCAGGUGUGUGUUUUUCUCGGACGGCUCGGGGGCCGACGCUCGCCGGACCCUCACGAGUGCCAACCUCAAAUCUUCAUCUCUCACUAGCGAAAGUGUCAUUUCGAGGAGAUCGAGAACGUCAUUUCUCUCAGGAAUUCAGGACGAGGCAGGUUUAUCGCAUUAUUAUCUGUAUAUUCACGUACGAUAGUCGUAUUUGGGCCGAGGGCGGUGCAUCAUGGGAAGGGCGGAUCACAUGUGCCACUGUUUUACUGUGAACAGCUGCAGGUUUGACUGUUUUUAAUAUGUUGAAAUCUUAUUUUCUUAUUGCAAACUCAUACUCGCUGCUGUAAUCUCUAUAUUUAUGUUUUGUAUAUGCAUAUAAGAUGAUUGUAUCUGUUAUCUAGGGGCUUAUUACACGCUCUGCUGUAACCCAUAAACACGCUGCUAUAUAUCUGUAUUAAAAAACAUAAAAUAAAAUGAUUUACAUACCAACUUAAUAUCCUGGAGUGUUUUAAUGUCACUUCAUUUUGCAAGUUGCCUAUGUCUGGAAUUGCGUGCUCGUAUACUAUAUACUACAUCAUCUCCAGUAUGCAUAUUUUUUGCUUUUAAAGUUGAAUCAUUUUCCUAUGUGCUUUUGUCUUCUAUUCAGCUUUCAUUUAUUUUAGUGUCAGUUAUACACAUUUAGUGAACAGAAUUGACUAAUUUAGUGAAUUGAUUCGGUAGAUUCAGCUAAUCAGUUCAAUGAAUCGAUUCAGUGAACCGACUCACUCCAUCCACUAUUUGAUUCAACAAGUUGUUUUGUGGCUAAUUCAGCGAUUCGAUUUUUAAUUAAUUAGGUGAGUCAGUUCAUAACCGAUUCAGUGAUUCAUUCGCAUCGCGACUCAAAAAUGUUCACUGAUUUUUAAUACGAUGGCUGAGGUAAAAAUUAAUUUAUGUCAGUAAUCUUUGUGUUUCAGAUCAAAUAGAGCGUCUUUUAUAGUAUUAAAUAAUAUUUUAAAUUAGCUUUUUAUUUUUUUUCAGUUUUACUUGAAGCUUUAAAGUUUUAGUAAUUGAAAUUU